AUGGAUAAUCCUUUAACUCCGAAUAAGAUACAAAGAUUGAUGCAUUUAGCUGAAGACAAAUCAUUUCAAUUUCCGAGACGGUUGCAAAUCAACAAUGAUGAUAUGCAGAGUGUGGGUUCAAAUCAAAUGACUUUAAAUAAAACUGGAACUAACUACGAAUCAUCUUCGGGAAUCAUCGACUUGGAACGAGUAGAAGGUUUUGGUGAAUCUGGUGUUGGGAAUAUGUCUUUAAGUAAGUCUACAGCAUUCAAUCCAGGUGAAAUGACUGGCAGGUCUACUGGAGCUGAAGAUAUUGAUGUGAAAGAUCAACUUAGUGCAGUGAGAGCAUUUGAAGAGUAUGGCCGACACUCCAUUGCAUUAGACAGCAUUACAAGCCACAUGGACAAACAGACUUCUGAAAUUAAUGAUUUGAUGAGACAUUCAAUUGCUACAAAUUAUUCAUUUCACUCAAAGAGAGAUCUUACAGCAGAUGAAGCAUCCCUGGUAAUGAGGGAAGCACCUCUUCCUGUGCAACAUACUACACAAACUAAUUUUCAGGAAAGCUUAUUAAUGAGUAACUCAAACAUGUCUGUUGGAGCCUAUUUUCAAAAUAGGUGUCCAGACUUUGGUAAAAUUCUUAGCAAUGUGGACAGCCCAGAUAGGCCAAGUAUUACGGAUGUGUCGUCAUGUGCUCCAUCAGACGUUGGGCCUAGUAAUAAUACAUACAAAAUGGACACAACACUAGACUGUGUCCCAGUUAGACAACCUCGUAAUGAGAAAACACAGGAAAAAUUUGUUCCCACUAAUCUGUUUCCUACAAAAGUGGAUGUCACCAAUAUACCUAAACCAUCGCCUUUAGAGUUACAGAGUGUAAUGCUUGAUAAGGUUUCUAUUCCUGUGAAAAGUUACGCCCAAAUGGCUGCCUCAAAAACUGUGAAUCAAAAUACAAGCAAAAAAAUAUUUUCGUCAUCAAAGCCAACAGAUAUUUUGCUCAAAAACCUACAGUCUUCAUUGCGACUGGUAUCUGAAGACACUGAAUGCUCUAUGGAGAAUUCUCUGAGUAUCUCAAAAAUCGCGGAUUAUCUAGGAAAGCAAUCAAAUGUCAGCAUAUCUGAUAUACUACAACUGAACCAUCAAACAAAACAAAAUAACAGAAAACCACCUCUCUCAGAACUACAUAUGAAUAUAUUAGAGAAUAAAAAGGCUAAUCAAGACCUUUAUGUGACAAAUUUAAAAGACACGAAAAAUACAGAAACAGCUAGUUCAUCAGGAACGGUAAAAACAGUUAUAUCUGUUGAUAAAUUAAAAAUCACCGAGGACAAAGAAAUUCCUUCUGUUGUUGUUACACGACACUCUACUGAUUCGCAAGAUAAUGAUGGUGUAAAACUCCAUAAGGUUGCUCCAUCAAGUUCCCCAUCAAGCAAAAGUCGAUCUACCCUCAGUACUGUUAAAGAAGCGCCAAGUUUUAAAUCUGGUGAUAGUCCAUCACAUUCUAGCAAAGGCGAAAUUAAUGCAACAUAUAUUCCCUCCCCUAACAUGGGGUAUAGAGAGUUAGAUAAGUCUGUAGAUUGGCAAGAGGUGUUAAAACAUAAACAGGAGUGCUUGGCAAAAGAAAAAUGGGCUGAAAUCACAACAGUUCCAGUUCUGGGUUUUGUAGGUGUAAGCACCGCUGUAACAAUUACAAUAACAACACUAACGGAUAGCUGGCUAACGGCUAAGUUUAAUUUUGAUACCUUACCCAAUGAAGGAAAUGAUUUAAGUAUCGAGUUACCCCGAUUACCUCUGCUCCUAUCGCCAGGGAAAACUGAGAAAUUCACCUUAUACAUAACGUCAAAAGUAGAACUUGAUCAGUAUUUACCAUUCACGAUUUAUCUAAAAGACGCGUCAAUAGACGGUGACGUGGAACAAAAGGGACGCUUAGAAGUUAGCAUCAAAAUGCCCACAAUACAAGCAUUGUCUUGUGACGGCGUAAAUAAAGUAACUUUUCCAACCAUUCAAGAGAGAGCUAUACUGACUAAAUACUUUGUACUGAUCAGUGAUUGUUGUGAAGAUCUACAAUUAGAGUUGUCAAUUUCGGAAGGAGAGAGUAUGUUUGUUAUAAAAUCAGUUCAAGAGAUUAAAAAGAAUGACGUGAGUAAAGCAUUAAUGGAAAGAAAGGGGUCUUCCGAAGAUGGUCAAAUAAGGCUUAAGAUGAAAGGAAUAAAUAAACAAUUGUGCAGGUUAAGUAGCGGAAAUGCCAUUAAAGUUACAAUUACAUUUGUUGCACCCAAGUUGCAGGAGUUACAAUUGACUGAAAAGUUGGUAAACUUCAAAGGAACAUUAAACGUUAAUUUGAUUGGUAUUAACACAAUUUUGAAGAAAGUAAAUCUCAUCGGCUCAGUUGGGAUUGCAACCCUUACAGUGCAGCCUCCUACUAAUAAGCUUUAUCUUACAAAUGAAACCACAACAAUAAACUUAUGUAACACUGGUUCAGUAGCUGGUGUAUGGACGAUUAAGUUUAGAAGCAAUACAAGCAAAGAUAACUUUCCAUUCAAAGUGUCUGCAAAUAAGCUUGAAAUAGCUCCAGGAAACAUGAGAGAAUUAAAUCUUUUAUAUACUGGACCACCUGAUGCCAUUAAUGAGGGAACUUUAUUAUUGGAAGAAACAACCGGUAAUAUAACAAAGAUUGAGAUAACUGGUGGUUCAGACAAACCUAAAAACUUUCCAAUUAAAACUAACUACAACAACAUGUCAUGGGUACGAGCGGGACGAAAGGAACUCAGCCUUAAAAACUCUACAAAUAAAAAAGUUCAAAUUCGUUGUCAAAUAGUGGGGGAAGGUUUUGUGAUAGAUUCACCGGGAGUUGAAACGAGAGGAACUUUUAUAUUAUCGUUUGGACCUUGUGAAUGCAGACCGUUACCGAUUGUUUUCACACCGAACUCUCCCCUGCCUCAUGCAGCUGCUUUGCACUUAGUUUUCGAUAAGAACAGCGAUUACUCUAGAAAGGUGCGGCUGCACGGCAGCGCGGGCGGCGCGGCGCGCUGGUCGGGCCACGUGACGUACGGCGCCACGGCGCUGGCGCGGCCGGCCGCGCGCGCGCCGCUCGACCUCGCGCUCUACAACCGCGGCGACGCGCCCGUCUUCGUGCUCGCGCAGCUGCGCCUCAACCUGCAGUACAGGUUCAUCGCGGACGAGUGUCAGCUGCGGGGCGCGCGGGCGGUGCUGCGGCGCCGCUCGAGGCACGCGCUGACGCUGGCGGUGCCGUGGGGCAAGCUGGAGCGGCGCGCGCGCGGCCACGGGGCGUCCGGCCUCGCCACCGUGUCCGUGCUCACCGGGCCCGAGUUCGUGCGCCGCCGGAUACUCAAAGUACUCAAAGAUGAAUCUAAUGGGGAGUUGAAUGUGUCUCUACUGCCUGACCAUUUGAGGGUUCUAGUUGAGUCUUUUGAUGGAGAAGAUCCGGCUAUGGAUGUUUAUUUAGAGAAUUUCAAUGAAACAAAGGGUUCUUUAAAUGAGCUCGUUGAAGGCCUACAGGAAUUAACAGCUCAAAUUGAUCUACCACAAGAGUUUGGAGAAGAAAAUACUAUUUUAAUAAGUGAUGAUACAGUGAUUGAACACCACACACUCUGUGAUUAAUAGACUAGAAUAUAGGUAUAAGAUUUUUAUUAAAAUAUUUUUAUAAGCUGGCUGACCAAUACUUAUUUUUAAGCACUUUAAAUUUGUCUUAUGUUACACAUAUAAGGCAAAUUAAUUUGACUUAUUUGUACUUACUUACCAUUAUUGAUUAUUUAAGUAAUUUCCGUCCCAAGUGAUUUCAAUUUCACAUUAUUAAUUGAUUUUUUCACAAAAUAAUUAAUGACAAGUACAUGAUAUUUGCAGUUCUAAUACCAUGCGACUCAUAUUUUUGGCAUUUUGACAAUUCUAUAUCAUUAGCUUAUAAAAAAAUGCCUUGUUUAGAUGAUCCAAAACAAGCAUCGUCCAUUAAAAACUUAAAGUGAUAAAUGUAACUAUAUUUAUAUAUAAAUGAAUACUAUAAUCGUUUUCUGGAAAAUUUACUUUUUUUACAUACAUGGUGUUAAAAACUUGGCAAUAAUUAUGUAACGUGUUAUAGGUAUAAUUGUGAGACUGUAUUAAAAUAUUACUGAUAUUCAACAUUUAUUAUAAAUUAAAAAUACAUCAUAUUAUUAACACAGAUAUUGGUUUUUAAAAGGAUCUGUUGUAUUAAUUUAAUUUUAAUGUAAUUUAUAAUUGUAAACUAUCAUUGAACAUGUUUGAAAUAAAAAACUUUAUAUUA